AUGGCCAAUCGACUCGCAUCAUCUCUGGCAAGCAAAUGGAAGCUAGUCCAAGGCCAGACAUUCUGGAAAGGCAUGCUUGGGAAUCCCAUGGACGAAACUCUCUGCCAGGAGCUGAUCCGCUACGGCCAGCUAAUCCAAUGCGUGGUGGAUGGAUUCAACGAAGUCAAGGCAUCUCGCUGGUAUGGCCUGUGCAUUCACGGCAAGUCACAGCUAUUCCACAAGCUCCAGAUGGGCAACACCGGCUACACGAUCCACAAGUACAUCUAUGGCAGCACCAGAGAUCGCCCCCGUCUAAUCACAGGUACUGGUACCACCAGGGAGCCCCACACUGGAUGGUCUGGCUAUCUUGCCAUGUCGAACGACCAAGAAAGCUUGAGAUUGGGACGAAGAGACAUCCUCCUUGCGUUUCGGGGCAUGGAGCUCACUCGGGAGUGGUCGGAGAUCGACUCACUCUUGCCCCUUCCUCGGCUGUAUCCAGCGAAACCGGCAGUGGCGGCCGGAAGCUCGUCGCCCGUGUUGGUGUCCGACCAUGUAGCCUCACUCUACACUCACUGCUAUCCAGGCGAGGAGUUUGGAAGCACUUGUGUCCGGGAUCAGAUUGUUUCCACGCUCAGGGGCCUCAUCGACGCAAACAGGGACGAAGAGCUGAGCAUCACGGUGGCCGGGCAUAGCUUGGGAGGUGCGCUUGCAACCCUGUGUGCCUACGACAUUGUCAACGAGAGUGUCAACGCAGCUCCCAAUGGUAAGAUGAUCCCGGUGACCGCAUUUGUCAUUGGUGGUCCCCAAGUUGGCAACUAUGCGUUCAAGGUGGCGGCGGAAGGGUUGCAAAGCCUGCGAGUCCUCACCGUGGUAAAUCCCUUGGAUGUGGUUACCAAGCUCCCGGGAAACGCUCUGGGUUACGUAUCUCACAUUGGGGUGCUGCUGGAAGUCGUCCACACCGGCUUGGCUUAUCUUAAGCACAAACCCGAGGAUCUUGCAGUGCAUGACUUGCAGCUCUACUUGCAUCUGAUUGGCAACAAAGUGGAGCCUUUCAAGUAUCACCAGCUUGAGCUUCUGAACAAGUCUGCGGAUCUGCUGGCGAAUCCGAUCGUUCCGCCCAAGUGGUGGUAUGUCCGAGGUGUGGAUGUGAUUGUCAGUGUGGACGAGGAAACGGGGAAGCUGUGUUUCAAGCUGACAAAUGUCUCUCCAAGUGAUCCAGAGUACAGUUGA